GGCCUAUCUGCAUCUGCAGUAUGGCUUCAUAGUUGGCGGAAAGUAAAAUAUGAUGGAGGUAUAUAAGAGGAGGGUGUGGCAGCGUAUGGCUCUGUUCAACACACAGCUUGCGUUGGUCGAUUUCUCGUGAUGCGUUCCACAAUUGCUGCAGCUUCGCUCUUCUCAACGGCGGCAUUCGCUGCUCUCUAUAACGAGAGCAACGCCAACCACACUUGCGCUUUGACUGAUGCCGACUCGGUGUUGUCUUGCUCCAGCCGCGCAAAUCCCCUGAGCGUCGACUCCUGUUGCGCCGAAACAUUCGGAGGGCUCUUCCUCUCGACCCAAUUCUGGUCAACAUAUACCGGCCUCGAGUCUGAAGGCCAAUUGCUGCCUGCCAACGACUGGACUCUCCAUGGACUGUGGCCCGACUUCUGCAAUGGCUCGUACACUCAAUACUGCGACCUGAACAGACAGUACGACCCCACCCCUUCGCCUAACACCACCAACAGCUUGCCCAAUGGUACUGUCGUCCCGCCGUACAAGGGUCCCAACAUUGGCACCUUCCUCGAACCCUUCAAGAAAUACGACCUCCUCGCAUGGAUGAACAAGUAUUGGAUCAACCAAGGAGCUGAUAACCCGUCGUUCUGGGGGCAUGAAUUCAGCAAGCAUGCGACUUGCUUCUCGACAUUCGACGUGCCUUGCUACGGUCCCGAAUAUGUUGAGCAUCAAGAGGUGGUCGAAUUCUUCGAGACUGCCAUACAAUACUAUCGCCGUCUUCCCACCUGGGGCUGGUUGUCGCAAGCUGGUAUCAAGCCUAGCAACACGACCACCUACUCGAUUGGUCAGUUCCAGACUGCUCUUACCAGCUCGUACGGUGCUUUGCCCUACAUCGGCUGCAGCGGCCCUCGCUUCAAUGAGACUGCUGCUGGCGUCAACUCGACCGAUAAUGGCCGAACUCAGAUCUCCGAGGUUUGGUACUACUUCCAUGCAUUUGGACGUCCUCAACGCGGUCAAUGGCUUCCCACAAACGCAACAGGCUCUGUCACCAGCUGUGCAAAGACUGCCAACGCCCUCCGCUACCCUCUCCGUGCCAACGGCUCCACCUGGUGAUUCGACCAAGUCAGAGGAUAAGUACAAGAGCCUGGAAAGGAAACAUUGACAGAAAAAAAGCGUAUUGUUGGAAAGUAUCCUCGGAAAGGAUUACCGUGAAAGGUAGCAAUCUCCUCCCAUGCCAUAAUUGUAUCAGCCACUUCGCUCGUGUCU